AGUCGAAUAAUGGACUAUUAUCUAAUGGUUCAGAAGAUUGUUCCUUAUACUAAAGUUCAUAUUUAUAUUGGCAUAAAUGAAUCACCUGUUGAAGCAUCACCCUCCAAAGCUUCGAGGACGUACGAUGCUUCAAAAACUUCUGAUUAG